AAAAACCUGGAUACGCUCACGUGGAAUAUUAAUUAAAAUCUUACUGCAAUAUAUUCAAAACUUCAGUUUUACAAUUUCCUGCCUACUUUCGUCAUUAUUUCUCGAUCAAGUUUAACAUUACCUUGUUAUUGUGCUAAACCGGUCAGUCCUAUAUUAUAGCCGAUGCAAUUUGGCAUUAUGCCGAGAAGCUCGAGAAAACUCGUCACAUGAUCAUUAAUCAACAUAAAUUCUCGCAAGCGUCACUGCUUUUUUGCGUGGUGUUUGCGCAGUAUUUAGUCUAUCGCGAGAAGUAUCAAGUCAAAGGCCUUAUCCGUGUGCGCAUCAGAAAAAAAAUAUACGUAAGUAUGUCGUUGCUCGGCGUGAUUUGUGAUUCGAGUCGCGGCGGGUUAACGACGCUGGAUUAACGAUAGCCGAGCGCCACCAGGUGGCGUUCGCGGCGCGGCCACCGACUCACGGACUCAUCCGGCCUCCGAGCAUCGCGCGACGGUGACAGAUCGGCGGAUAGUGGUAGUCGAUGACGGUAGCUCUGCUGGUGUGGUCGAUCGUUUUGUCAUUGUUUUCACGUUGCCGUUAAAGGGAGUUCCACGCGACGAGUCGUUGUCGAAGUGUUUCCGCGUGCGACGCGGCGAUGAUAAUUUCGUGAUACAUCACGUACAAACAGCACAACCGACUCGAGGUGAAGUGUGUCGUGUCGGUGCAACACGGAAGGAUCAAUUUCGGCGGGCAGUGCGAACGCCACGCGAUGCAUAGGACUAGUUUAACAAUCGCGGCCGCGACCGCUCGUCGGAGCCUGCCGGGCGCAGCCGUGACGCGUAGCGACGUCCUCUGGCCUUUACCCGUGCUGCUGUUGGCCUUGCUCAGCAUCGCGAGUCCGGUUGUCGGUGAAAAAAAUGGUCAUUGUAUAUGGUACGGGAAUUGUUACACGGAUGCAGCCUUGCACACAAAGUAUUGUCCUUACGAUGGGCCAGCAAAGCCGUUGGAUUCUGACGGACAAAAAUUAUUGUUUAAGCUUUGUCCACAUUUGUUGGUAGAUGAAGGCAAAGGAAUUAAUACUUGCUGCGAUACGAAGCAACUUCUUAUAUUAAAUGAAAAUAUCAAACUUGCAUCAAAUUUUCUAAAAAGGUGUCCCAGUUGCUUAGAUAAUUUACAAAAGCAUUUUUGUGAUUUCACAUGCGCUGUUAAUCAGAACAUAUUUAUCAACAUUACGGAGAAACGCGAGAUAAAUGGUACAGAAUAUAUUAAUGCAAUAGAUCUAUACAUAACGAAUAAAUAUCUUGAAGGAACAUUUAAUUCAUGCAAUAAAGUAUCAGUGCCGAGUACAGGACAAUUAGCAUUGGAUUUAAUGUGCGGAGAGUGGGGAGCAAGUAGAUGUACAGCUCUGAAAUGGUUCCAUUUUAUGGGCGAUGCAAAUAAUAUUUAUGUACCUUUCCAAAUUACAUAUAUAAAUACUGAUGAACCUGUCGGACCAUUUGUGCCAUUAGAUCCUUUAAUUACGCCAUGUAGUAAGGCGUUAAACAAAAACAUCCCAGCUUGCAGUUGUGUCGAUUGUGAACAGAGUUGUCCAAUACCACCACCGAUGCCUCCAUUACCAAAACCAUUCUCAAUAUUUGGUUAUGAUGGUUAUGAAGUUAUAAUGACAAUUAUAUUUAUAUGCGGUUCCUGUCUUUUCCUUCUAUUAAUGAUGUGUUUCAGCCAUAGGAAACGUAUAGUUGCACGAGGGGAAGAGGUAGGAAGGCAGGUGGGUAGACGGCUAGCUGCCGGAUUACACCACCCAGGAGAUGGUGCUCGUAUUGCCCUCGCCGGUGACCAAGAAGACAGUCCUCUUCAAUCUAAGCGUUCUAGUGUUAUAUCCACUGAUGAAUUACCUACUGCAUUUGAUCAAGAACAAUCCACUUUCAUUGAGAAACUUGGAGCAGGUACUGACAAAUUUUUGCAAGAAUUUUUCUGCAAAUGGGGAACAUUUUGCGCUUCUCGGCCUUGGUUGAUACUUUUCCUUGGCUUCCUAUUGAUUGUGGGCUUAGGACAUGGCAUAAAGUACAUGCAAGUUACUACAGAUCCUGUUGAAUUAUGGGCAUCUCCACAUUCUCGAUCGCGCAUUGAAAGAGAAUAUUUCGAUAAACACUUUGAACCUUUUUAUCGAAAUGAACAAAUUAUUAUCACCUCUAUUGGUUUACCAAAUAUUGUACAUAACACUUCUAAUGGACCAAUUGUAUUUGGCCCUGUGUUUAACGAGACUUUUCUAAAAACAAUUUUUGAAUUACAAGAAGGAAUUAAAAGUAUAAUUACUACUAAUAAUUAUACGUUAGCAGACAUAUGUUUUGCUCCUUUAACUGGACCAUUUACUGGUCCAACAACUGUUUCGCAAUGCGUUAUUCAAAGUAUUUGGGGUUAUUGGCAAGACAGUGUAGAAAAGUUUGAAGAUUCAGAAGAAGAAGGAAAUUAUACAGUAAACUAUUUGGAUCAUUUUAGAGUUUGUUCACAGUACUUUAUCAACUUUAUGAAAAAUUGGACAGCAACAAAAAAACCAGCGUUUAUGGACGUAGCAUUUACAUCCGAGAGAUCUAUUGAGGAUGAACUGAAUCGUGAAUCUCAAUCGGAUAUUGUAACCAUUUUGGUGUCAUACAUCAUCAUGUUUGGAUAUAUCGCGGUAUCUCUCGGUCAAAUUAGAUCCUGUGCUCGUCUUUUGAACGAUUCUAAGAUUACUCUUGGACUUGGAGGCGUACUUAUAGUAUUGGCAUCGGUGAUCUGUUCGGUCGGAUUAUUCGGUUUUAUUGGUAUACCAGCUACACUGAUUAUCAUCGAAGUUAUUCCAUUCUUGGUACUGGCAGUCGGAGUAGAUAAUAUUUUCAUUCUCGUUCAAACUCAUCAAAGAGAAGGAAGACGCCCGAAUGAAUCGAUACCGGACCAUAUUGGUCGUACAUUGGGCCAAGUUGGUCCCAGUAUGUUACUCACAAGUGUAUCGGAAAGCUGUUGCUUUUUCCUUGGUGGUCUCUCUGAUAUGCCUGCUGUGAAAGCGUUUGCUCUCUAUGCUGGAAUGGCAUUAUUAGUAGAUUUUAUAUUGCAGAUUACAUGUUUCGUCAGUCUCUUAGCGCUUGACACGAUCCGACAUGCAAAUAACAGAUUAGACGUAUGUUGUUUUAUUCGUUCCAAGCGUGAUGAUGGAGAAGAAGUAGUAGAUGGAAUAUUAUAUAAAAUUUUCAAAGUUGCAUAUGUCCCAUUAUUGCUCCAAAAAUGGGUACGCGCGAUUGUGAUGAUUGUGUUUUUCGGUUGGCUAUGCAGUAGUAUUGCUGUAAUACCACACAUCGAAAUCGGCCUAGAUCAAGAACUUUCUAUGCCCGAAGAUAGUUAUGUGCUCAAAUAUUUCAAAUUCUUAAAUAAUUAUCUAUCUAUCGGGCCACCAAUGUAUUUCGUUGUUAAAGAUGGCCUAAAUUAUUCAGAUACACAAGUACAAAACUUAGUGUGCGGUGGACAAUAUUGCAAUAGCGAUUCAGUAUCGACGCAAAUAUUUACAGCAUCUAAACAACCGAACAGGACUUACAUAGCUAAACCUGCUGCGUCUUGGAUGGAUGAUUAUAUCGAUUGGUCAGGAUUACCCGGUUGUUGCAAAUAUUUCUCUGCGAAUAAUUCGUUCUGCCCGCAUACUGGUCGCUCUUGUUCUGUCUGUAAUAUCACAUUGAAUAAAUACAAUAGACCGAUACCCACCGACUUCGAUAGAUACGUAUCAUUCUUUUUACAAGAUAAUCCCGAUGAUACAUGUGCUAAAGGAGGUCAUGCGGCUUACGGACACGGUGUAAAUUACGUUACUGAUCCUAACACAGGAAUGUCAACAGUCGGUGCUUCAUAUUUCAUGGCUUAUCAUACGAUUCUUAAGACUUCAGCCGAUUAUUAUGAAUCGAUGAGAGCAGCCAGAGUAGUGGCGGCGAAUAUUACGAACAUGAUCAACUGUAACUUGAAAAAACUCAAUGCAGAGAAUACUAGUGUAGAAGUUUUUCCCUAUAGUGUUUUCUACGUAUUUUAUGAGCAAUAUCUGACUAUGUGGCCCGACACAUUGCAAAGUAUAGGAAUCUCAUUACUUGCUAUAUUUGUGGUUACCUUCUUAUUAAUGGGUUUAGACAUCUUCUCAUCACUCGUGGUUAUAAUCACCAUCACAAUGAUCGUCGUCAAUAUCGGUGGCUUGAUGUAUUGGUGGCAUAUAACUUUGAACGCCGUAUCUCUAGUAAAUCUUGUUAUGGCUGUUGGUAUAGCAGUCGAAUUUUGUAGUCAUCUAGUACAUUCCUUCUCGGUAUCAGUUCAAGCAACUAGGGUUGACAGAGUUGCAGAUGCAUUGACAAAUAUGGGAAGCUCCGUAUUUAGCGGUAUUACAUUGACAAAGUUUGGCGGCAUUAUAGUAUUAGGAUUUGCAAAGAGCCAAAUUUUCCAGGUUGAUCUUCAUUUUAUUUUAACAUUAAAUAGAAUAUUGUUCGGAGCAGCGCAUGGUCUUAUCUUCUUACCAGUAUUACUAAGUUAUAUAGGCGUGAUGUCGCGCCGAGGGCGUAGAAGAGCCCGCGAACUCGCGAGCAGAAGUGAAAUUAGGCGUCACAAAUGUGACGAGCCGGAUUCUCCUCUACUCCAAAACGACAACUAUCAACGCACGACCACUUCCUACGCCAGUGUGAACUCCAGCGAUGUGACUGAUCACCAUGUAAUAUUCUAACAAAGAAUCAAUCGUUAUCGACUUAAACGGAUACAAUUUUUGUACUUAGAAAGGACUGAAAUGGAUUUAAUUAAGUGUCAAUAGUGUUUUUUAUCUCGAACCAUUGUGAGUAGAAAGAGCUGCGUGUUCUUCUCUCCUUCGAAAUAUAGGAAGUUUAAUACGAAUUAUUUUUGUUAAAAUCUUCCAGACUGGUGAACAUGUCCAUCUACGUUCAUAUCUGGCAUAUAUUAUAUUUUAGCGACAAAUAAAUUUGUAUAAUCUUA